CUGAUAAGUGGUGAGUGGUAAUGGUUGGUGUGCUCUUGGUCUCCUCAACUAUUAAUAUCGUCGCGUGGAUUUCAGCGUUUUUCAAACCGUCUCUCGUAGGCGCGCAAAAAAGAAUCUCACCACAACGGGGAAAAAAAAAAUUAAUCUCACUCGAUUGAUCAAUCUCUUCAUCUCGAAAUCUGAGAUCCCUAUAACAUAUACGAUCUUCUCUACAAAAUCGUCUCGUUUUCUGUAACUAAAAGCACUUUGAUCGUACUAAGCGCUUACACAGCUUCAGUGGCAUUGGUUUUUUAGCUCGAUUUUCUCAGAUCCACUGCGUCUCUGGAUUUUGAUACGUCUCUGUCUGGAACUACGGUUUGUCGCAACUGAGAAUCGCUUCCUCUUUUUAUUCAAUUUUGAGGAUUUUCAGAGCUAGCUGAAAGUAGGCAUUCGAUGAUAUUUUUCUAUAAGAAUGUCAAGAUUGGUUUGAUUACCUUGAUUUUCACAAUUUUUUUGGGAUCUUGAGAUCAGAGGUGAUUGGAAAGUUAGAAUCCUAGGCAAUUCAGUGUUGCUCGAGAACUUUGUUGGAGCUGAUGUUCCCGUUUUGAAAGGAACAGUUCUGUGUAAAGACAAUCGGAGACGAACCCCAUACCCUUUUCCCUUUUUUUUUUUUUUUUAAUAAUCAUCGAAAAAGCCUCCGCUUUAACAUGCGGGUUGGUCUUGAUAAAGGGAGAAGGAACGUGGAAAGACAGAGAGAGAAGAAGCCAUGAGGAAUAUGAAGCUCCAUGACGCUCCCAAACCUGAGGCCACCACCAAGCCGAAGGAGCGUCAUAUCGUUACCUGGACCCAGGAGGAGGAUGAUAUUCUUCGGGAGCAGAUUAGUAUCCAUGGAACUGAAAACUGGACGAUUAUUGCUGCUAAAUUCAAGGAUAAAACAACCAGACAGUGCAGAAGAAGAUGGUACACUUACUUGAAUACAGACUGCAAGAAAGGAGGAUGGUCACCAGAAGAAGAUAUGAUCUUAUGUGAGGCUCAGAAGAUAUUCGGUAAUAGAUGGACUGAAAUAUCAAAGGUGGUUUCAGGAAGAACGGACAAUGCAGUGAAAAACCGAUUCUCCACCUUGUGCAAGAAAAGAGCAAAACGUGAAGCCUUAUCAAAGGAGAAUAACAUUUCUUGCAGAAAUCCAAACAAUAAGAGAGUUAUUUAUCAAAAUGGGUUUAUAAUAAAUGAAUCUUCUGAAUCUACACCUCCUCUAAAGAAAAUGAGGAGCCAAAUCUUGGAUCUCACAGAAAACACUAAAGGAGAAUCUCUGAGGGAAUGCGGAGAGAACUACCAGCUGAGACCGCCCUUUGCAGUAUUGGUUCAAAACUUCCACAACAUUUGCAACUUGUCAGCCCAGCAACAUGUCAGCAACGACACCAAAGCAGCCUCUAAUGAUGUAGCUGCAGAUGACAAGGGCCAAGUAACAUUCCUUAGAAGGGAUGAUCCAAAGAUCACUGCUUUGAUGCAACAAGCAGAACUGCUCAGCUCACUUGCUCUGAAAGUCAACACAGAUAACACCAAUCAGAGUCUUGAAAAUGCAUGGAAGGAACUCCAAGAUUUCUUAAACGAAAGCAAAGAUAGCAAUCUGCUAAGAUACAGAAUCUCAGAAAUGGAUUUUCUACAUGAAGAUUACGAAGACUUAGUAGAGGAUUUAGCAAGUGGAAAUAUGGGAAGUCAACAAUCAUGGAGGCAACCUGAUUUAUAUGAGGAGUCCCCUGGCAGCUCUGAGUACAGCACAGGAUCAACUCUCCAGUCCCAUGCAGCAGAUGAUAAAACAGAACAACAUCAAGCUGAAGUUUGUUCGCUGCACCAGGAUAAUAUUGUUGAGCCACAUUUACCUCAUACAAGAGAAGCACAGAGUGGUCUUAGUGGUUGCGAUGAUGGGAUUUCUACAAUCAGUACUCAAGCAGAAAUCUUCCUUUCUCCUGAAGGAUCGAAGGAAAAUGGAGUCUUACCCGUAUUGUCAAACACAGAGUUCGGUUCCCCUGCCCAAGUAACCCCACUGUUCCGAUCAUUGGCAGCAGAGAUCCCAAGUCCCAAAUUCUCAGAAAGUGAGAGGAACUUCCUACUGAAGACACUUGGUUUGGGUUCCCCACCUCUUCAGCCAAGCACCAACCCUUCCCAACCACCCCCUUGCAGAAGGGCACUCCUACAUAGUCUCUGACCAACCCCUGCUCCAAAUCUUAUACCUAGUGAAUUUGUCCCCUUGACUAUCCUCAGAAUUUUAGUAUGUCAUGAGGUUUUGUCUUCGGUCUUCUCCUCUCCAUUUCAAUUUCCAUCAACUUCAAAGUCUCUUAAAACUGUUCAGAACAUCAUCUAAGCAGUCUACAGUACCUGGUCAAUUACAAGUCUGCAUUCUGUUUCCGACACUAGCAGAGUUACAAUACUCGCAUUGAACUUUGUCUUUGUUGAGUUGCCAUUUUUCCUUCUUUCUUCUUAUAAGAUGUGACCCAGUUAUUAAUUUUCAGGUCCAGUUUUGGUCUUUGAUUUGUCAUCUGUACAUAAUCUGCAGUGGAACCCUAGUACCGUUUCACAGUGAAAUUAAAAAAAGAAAAGAAAAGAAAAGCUAAGUGAGGAUCAACCAUUUGAUUGGAUACCUAUUGAUUUGAUUUGGUGUGCAUAAGGUAUAGAAUAAGAGUUGUAUUUUUUUUAAUCUUCUCAUUGUUCAUUUUGGGUUUUCCUUUUUUGGUGAAAAUUUUGGGUUUUCCUUAUGGAUGUAAGUACUGAAUGUAACUUUGUAAGAUUGAGAGCAUAAUGUGUUAUGGGCUUUGUGUGUA